CCGUGCACUGCAGUACCACUAGGUAUGCAGAGCGGCGCUAUUCCUGAUGACCACAUUACUGCAUCCUCCACGCACCCACAUUGUGCCACCAGCAAAGCUCGUCUUCAUUCCCUGGAGGAGAGUCUCACAAGCCAGGGAGGAUGGGCCGGAGCCUGGUGUGCCGCACACCCGCUGAACACCAACCAGUGGCUACAGGUUGACAUGGGAGCAGAGACUACUGUAGCUGGAGUUAUCACCCAGGGUAGACCUGGUGCGUCAAAUCAGUGGGUGACCUCCUACAAACUACGCUUCAGCAGACACGGAACCACGUGGUCUACAUACCAGGACAAACUGGGACGUGAGAAGGUUUUCUCUGGCAACUCUGAUCGACACACCGAAGUGCGCCACCUGUUGGAGCCGCCGGUAACUGCACGUUACGUCCGGUUCUGGCCGCAGACAUGGAAUUGGCACAUCAGCAUGCGGGUGGAGGUCUUGGGGCAGGACUGCACCGGUGACUAGGUGCAGCAUGCAGACUUGGAGAUUUCCAAAGCUCAGAUUUGUACAUUAGUCAUUACAGGAUAUCUGCUUUGCAGUGUGAAAUGAAACACCAAUUUUCUUCUUUUAGCUAUUGUAAUAUUUUACAGCAUUUACACGUCAAACGUUUGUAUUUUUCUUCAUUUUUUUCUUACCUUUGAUACUUAAUCAACUAAGUAGAAAUGGAAACAUUAUUUUUGGCCUGUUAAUUUGUCUUGGUCAAGUUGGUGUUUAUCUGUAGUUUUUGAGGUAUCCUAGCUGGGUUCAGAAAUGGCCUCUAAUGAGCUAUGGGUCCACCAACAGUUAGUUCAGGUCUUUAAGCCCCCUUCACACGAGAGCACGAA